GAAGUUUCAACCAAGAGACAAAAAAAAACUUGGAAGAUCUGAAUUUUCCAACAAUUUUUAUGACUCAUACCGUGUACAAUUAUUCACUUUUCAAAUAUUAGAAUAUAAAAAUUUCCAUUUUAGCAUUUCAAUGUUUAACUGCUUGUAUACCCAACAUUCAACAAUAGAGAAAAUCAUCUGGGUCUCAAUUUUUUUCUUCUAACCCUCUUAAAAAUUCUUGAAUCCUUGUUUCGACAUCAGGGAAAAAAUGUUGAGAUUAUGGAGAUGGUAUCAAAAUUGUUUAGCAGUACACCCAGUCAAAACCCAAAUGAUUAGUUCUGGUGUUCUUUGGGGAGUUGGGGAUAUUACUGCUCAGAGUAUUACCUACUCCAUGGCCAAGAAAAAACUCCAAGUUUCUGAAAAGGGCAAGCAAUUGCAAAUCAACUGGAAAAGGGUUGCUGCCACAAGCUUAUUUGGCCUUGGGUUUGUUGGACCAGUUGGUCACUUCUGGUAUGAAGGCCUAGACCGUUUCUUGAAAUUACGAAUGAGGAUGCAACAAAAUUCCGCUCGGUUUGUUGGCUCUAAAGUUGCACUUGACGGGAUUAUCUUUGGGCCUGUGGAUUUACUAGUGUUCUUCACUUAUAUGGGCUUUUGUAACGGAAAAAGCGCUCCUCAAGUCAAGGAAGACGUGAAAAGAGACUUCAUCCCAGCCUUAGCCUUAGAAGGUGGCAUAUGGCCAAUCCUUCAGGUUGCUAACUUUCGAUAUGUACCCGUGAGGUAUCAACUUCUUUACGUCAAUGUCUUCUGCUUAAUCGAUAGCUGUUUCUUGUCGUGGAUUGAACAACAAGAGGACGCAGCAUGGAAACAUUGGUUUAAACAGAUUCUUCAUCUCGAGGGCCAAAAGGACAAAGGCGGAUGAUUCAUUUCUUUCUUCAAGAAGUUUAUCGAAGAGUCUUGGAAUGCCCGUAUGUGGGUUUUUGGUAUCGGAAUCCCUUCCAUUCUGAUCGAAACGAUUGCAAUCGGUCUUUAUACGAACGAAACAAAACUGUUAAUGAUUCUUUGUCUCGCUGACAUGAAACCGUAGCUUGUUGUAAACAAUAUGCUGAAGUUGUUGUUGAACCUACAUUGCCAUUUGCCAAUAUAUAGAAUGAAUUUGUUUCAUGAUC